AUGGGUCUGACACUCUCCACCUCUCAAAAGUUUGUGUAUAGACGCCUCAAAGACUUCGUCAUCGAGCACGGCCACCCGCUCGAUAAAAAAUCAGCCAAAGCGUUAGCGAGGUGGCUGGACCGCCAGGGCUUUGCCAUACAUGAUACCAUCUCAAUCGACAAAUGGCAAGCCCUAGGAUAUAACCUGUGGCGGGACUCUGACAGAGGCAAUAAAUUAGCCAAGGAGGCGUUAAUUGCUUGGAGGCUCAUUCUGAUGGUGCUACAGCACCAAAUGAUGAAUGCGAACACCAGCCUCGCCAAGGACACAGUUAAGGACAUGGACACUAAAACUGACUCUAACGGCACACAAAAUGGCGGGGAGGACACAGACAUAGACACCACCCUAGAAGAUGGCGGGAGGGAGCGCGGAAGAAAGCGUCGAUCUCAAAAUGGCGGCGAGGAGGGACCUCAGCGACACCCAGAGAGAAGGGGGGAGGGUGAAGAGCGCGGGAAACCAGCGCGGGAAAAGAAGAGGCGGGCCCCUGUAGCUCCACCCCGUGGGCCGCCUCACCCUCCUCCCACUCGCGGCGCGAGAAGUCCCUCCCCCGACGCGCCUUCCGACACGCCCACUUCCGCCACCCCAGUCUCCUCCCCGGACGCGUCCCCUUCACGACAUCAGCAGGAAGUAGUGGGCGGGGCUAGGGCAAAGGCCAAGCUCUCCUUCCGGAAAGAUGGCCGCGCCCGUAGGCCCCAUGGCACCAGGGCCUACCCCGCUCACCGGGACUCAGAUUAUGACGAUGGAUGGGCGCCGCGCUCCCCGGAAAGGCAGUCCUCCGUUCCGGAUAUCUGGGAGGCCUUCCGGGAGGAAGCGGCACGAGCCCAAGAUGUUGAAUUCCUCAGGGCAUUUCCGGUCUAUUACGAGGAGGGGAAACCCCCCGAGUGGAGACCGGUGUCCUAUCCAAUGUUAAAGGACAUCAAAAAGGCAAUCGUGGAGUAUGGGUUGGGGGCCCCAUUCACUAUAGGCCUCUUGGAAUCCUUCUUCCUUGCAUAUACGCUAAUCCCCUAUGACAUUCGGGCCGUCAUAGGAGGUCUUUUCACCACCGUUCAAGCCUCGGUUUUCGAGGCUGAAUGGAAAAAAAGAAUCGUUGCCUUUGUCAACGAAAAAAUGGAAAGAAGGGGGAUUCCAACCAGGCAGGCCAUUGACAUGCUUUAUGGCGAAGGGAAUUACUCCAACAGGGGGGAUCAGACCCGAUUAGACCCCAAAUUAUUAAAUACAACCAAAGAAUUGGCUUUAGAAGCAGUUAAAAGAGUGGCAGACGCCUAUGUGCAGGCGCCCUCUUUUACACUGAUAAAUCAGGGAACCAAAGAGCCUUUUGUAGAUUUUAUUACAAGGCUCAAAGAGGCAAUUGCUCGGCAGGUCCAACAAAAGGAAUCUCAAGAAAUUCUAUUUAACCGAUUAGUGAUUGAAAAAGCAAACGAGGACUGCCAGAGGGUUUUGAAAAUGCUUAAGGAUCCCACCCUGUUGGAGAUGAUAGAGGCCUGCAAAAACGUAUAUUCCAACGCCAAUAAAGCACGAGUCAUGGCCGCUGCAUUCUCAGGGCCCCAACACUGCUUUGAAUGCGGGGAAAAAGGGCACUUUAGAAAACAUUGCCCAAAAUACAGGUCGGAGCCCAACCUGCCAAACACCUUAUGUCGCAGGUGUGGGAAGGGGCGCCAUUGGACCGCCAAUUGCAGGUCCAAGACCAACCUUAAUGGUGAACCCCUCUCCCCAAAACCAUCUCCCAAACUCCGUAAGAAAGUGACUUUCUCAUCAAUGCCCAACCUAAGUCACUGUCCCUGCGAGCAGUCGGGAAACGGGGAGCUGAGCGCCAGGGGGGGCGCGAUGACACAAGUUGCCCCCCAUUCCAUCUUGCGCCAGCCACGCCCAGCUACCCCGUAA